GGGGUCGCGGGUGAAGGGCCGCGGUGGAGAUAGUAUUGGUGUUGACGAGGAAGGUGGCGGCCAGAACCAAGCUCAAACUCAUCAUGAAGGCGUUGGUGGCCGUCGUUGCUCUCUUGGUCAUCUUCUCGGUGUUCAACCGAGCCGAUGGCCAGGCGGCCGAAAGCAAGGGGCCCAAAGUGACACACAAGGUGUCUUUUGAUAUAAGCAUUGGAGGAGUGCCAAAGGGUACUGUUGUAAUUGGCCUCUUUGGAAGCACCGUGCCAAGAACUGCACAAAACUUCUUUGAAUUGGCUCAAAAGCCAGUAGGUGAAGGCUACAAGGGAUCGGUAUUUCAUCGGGUUAUCAAGGACUUCAUGAUCCAAGGUGGAGACUUCACCCGUGGUGAUGGUACUGGAGGACGUAGUAUCUAUGGUGAGCGCUUUGCUGAUGAAAACUUCAAGCUAAAGCACUUUGGUGCUGGUUGGCUUUCAAUGGCAAAUGCUGGUAAAGAUACAAAUGGUUCUCAAUUUUUCAUCACGACUAACAAGACCACAUGGCUUGAUGGAAAGCAUGUAGUAUUUGGAAAGGUGCUUUCUGGCAUGCCUAUUAUUCGUGAAAUAGAGGCUUCUGCAACAGAUGGCCGUGACCGUCCAGUGGCAGAAGUGAAGAUCGUAGACUCCCGUGGAGAGGCUUUAUCACAACCCUUCGAGUCUGUUGCAAAAGAAGAUGCUACUGAUUGAGGUGCAUGUUAGUACUAGAAUUAUGAUGUAAUUGUAUGUUAAUUUAAAAUAUGUAAACUUUCCACCAAAAUGAAUUGGUGGAAUUGUAUGCAUUCCAGUGUAAGAUGCAAGAGAUUUUAAUUGAAUAUGCAAUAAAUUUUUCUACCAGUG